AUGUUUAAAAAAGUCACCAAAUCUGUACUAAAUCAAACGGGUGAAGCAAGAGGCCUUGUCCCAGUUCACAGCAUCUUUGACCAUGAACGUUUCAGACCCCUCUGUCUAGUGAGAAGAAAAAGAAAAGCCAUAUUCCACCCAUCUCCCAGCUACAGACAGACAUGUUUCAAACUCAAUGAUGUGCUGCUGCCUGGAGAAGACGCUGAAAGCACAGAGUCCCUCUUUCCCAACGGAGAUGGUCAAGAUUCAACGCAAUUUACAGUCCAAGCAAGCACCAGGGACAGAAUUGAUGGGAGUCUAAGCCUUCCUAUCAUCUCUACAAGCGUAGAUGUGAAAGGAGCUGCCUCCUUGUUCAAAGGGUGGUCCAUCAAGCUGGAGAAGGACCUUGUACCAGCAAAAGCACUUGAGGCACUGCGUAACAAAAGAAAAAUUAAUAUGGAUCACUCCUUCAUUCAACAACUAAAGAAAACAGAACAAAAUUUAUACGUGGUUCUUGAAACAAUAAAAGCCUCAGAGGAGACCAGCUAUGAGGAAUCCACCGAGGUGGAGGGGAGCUUCAUGACCCAGUUUUACGCCAAGUUCUACGCAAAGGGCAUCAGAGAGAACAAACAAAGCAUAACUAUACCCAAGGACUGCACCCUGGCCUUCCGGGCACUCCAACUGUGCAUUACAGAUGGAUCAUGGUAUCUUGACUAUUUCCCAGAAGUACAUGAAUUACUGUUGGCAUCUGAUGGUUUCUCAUCAGGAAAGUUACGAACAUUGGAGGAAGAAGUUAAAAAUAGUUGUCAAAUUCUCUCCGAGUUGUCUUCUGAUCUGUUCGUUGUAUUUUUAAAAGCCAUCAAAGCUGUGAUGAGAGACAGGAACCUCUUUCAAGAGCUGAGCCAGAAAAUGGAAGCAGUUCUUGAUGAACCUGAUAUUUGGGAGCUGAAAACAGACACUCCAGACUUAGAAGAUCUGUUGAUCAGCUUACACAAUUUUUCAAGAGAUCAUCUCCUUCAGCUGGCAGAAGCAAUCACCUACAUUCUUGAUGCUUUAGAUGAGCUAACGGAGGAUCAGCUGCUGCUAUUGCUAGAGUCCUUGGAAGACAAGAUUGUGUCCCAACAGCUUAAGCUGGUUGAGAACAUCUUGGAACACGACAUAGAACACAGGAAGGAGCAUUUCAGCGUGGAUGCCAGCUUAUUCUCCUUCUCACAAGAAAAGGAACAAGAAUUAACCACUGCAAUGGUUGAGAUGAGCGGAGUGAAGCUCCAGGAAGAUGGAACUGCUGUCUGUACAGAAGCAGCCACCACAACCGUAGCAGCCCUGUAUGUGUCUCUGUACAUCCUCAAUCUUCUGAGUAACUCAGAUUAG